AUGUCUCCUCCGAAAUCCUCGUCGGGUAAAACCGUGAAACCCCUGAUUCCGGGCGUUUACGGCCCUCACCCACCGUCAAUUCUCUCGGCGGAGAAUAUAGCCGAAUUUAGGGGGUCCACCGGGAUUUCAUCGGAGAUUGAAAUUAAAUUCCCGGGGGCUCACGAAUCUCCGGAAAAUCCUCCCCCAGGGUAUUGCUGCGCGUUUGAGAUAUUCUUCUCUGCGUGCGGUCUGUCGUUUCCUCUCCCCGAACUCAUCGUGAAGAUGAUGUUCGAACUGGGCUUCGCUCUCCCCCAGAUGUGCCCAAACUUCGUCCGCAUCGUCAUGUGUCUUCAAACUCUGGGGGAAGAGUUCAACUACAAACUGUCCCUAGCCGACUUUCUUCAAGUAUACACGGUGAAGACUGGUCGGACUAAGGGGACACUCUAUGUAAGCCCGCUUUCCGGACUGAAGGUCUUUGACGACCUUCCCGAGAAGGAUGAGAAGUGGCGGAAGUCGUAUUUUUUCUUCCCGGUCAACGAGCUCACCUUCGGCCACCUCGCAAAUCACUUCGAGCGCGGACUGCUUUGCCCUACAUUCGUAGAGUUUUUCUCGAGGUUUUGCAGCCAGGGUCAGAUUGCCUGGGACUCCUUUUCGUGCGAAAGGAUUAGAGAAUCCACAGUGCGGCUUAGGAGUCGUUCCCUCGUUUGCUCCGACCCUAUAAGCACUUCGGAGAUGAAUUACAGAGAGGAACGGGCUUGCCGACUCGCCGAAAAGGAGGCGAAGUUGAAUAUGGCGGCAGCGCUCGCCGAGGGCAAAGCUCGUCUUCCUAAGAAGUCAGGCCCCUCUUCUCCUGAGGUAGACGGGACUUCGUUACCCCCCACUGAUUCUUCCGAGCCGCUUACGGGGGCCUCCGAACCUCAGCCCAGCUCGCCCGAGCCCGCAGUAAUUAUUGUAGCUGACUCCAGUGACGAGCCGCGGGAGGUUAUAGCUCCCCCCGUCGAGGUCAGUUCCCAGCGGUCGGACUCAUCCAAAAAGAGGAAGGAACCUGAGACUUCCUCGCCUCUUCGCGAGAAGAGCCGAGCUCGGACUAGUUCGUCUGGAGACGAGCGAAGUAAGCCUAGCUCGAAGGAUAGGGGUCCUUCCUCAGAGAGGAGAUCUAAGGAGUCCGGGGAUUCCUCUGGCAGGCCGCCUUCGAAGGAACGUCGUUCCUCCCCCCGAG